AUGGCCAGCCAACCAAAUAAAAAUCAGCUCGUUUUGUUCGAUGGUGAUAAUAAUCGAACUGCACUGUUCGAUAAUAUUAAACGAUUAUCGAACAUUCCAGAAGAUUGUGAAUUUUAUAUUUUUUGCAAUGAGGCUGAUCCAAUUCAAAGCAAAGUUUUGGAAAACAUGAAUUAUCUUUCACAAGUACGCGUGCGAAAAUCAUCCAAACCAAUUGAUGAAAGACUAGUGGAUUAUCUUCAAAAGAAUCUUGAUGAAUACUGGCAUAUUAUCAUUGUAUGUGGUCCUAAACCCACUUAUGAACAUGUAUUUCAGAAUAUUUGGAAAAAAUAUGGCAAGAAGAAAUUGUACGUCAUGCGAGUUAACAAGUUAUCUGACACCACAGUGAAAGGCAUUCUUGGACAAAUUCGUCAACAUCGGAGUGAAGUCAAUAAUCAAACAUCAAAUGUUUUCGACGAUUCAAGCAACUUUAAUUCAAUGAACAGUUCAAGCAGUAGCGAAACAAAUGCUCAUGGUUCAUUGUUAGAUGACGAUUUAUAUCUCGACACACCUGAAAAUAUUUUAGUCAGCAAAAAAUCUAAGGCAAAUAAGAAACUGAUUGUUCAAUCUGAACUUCGUUGUCGGUAUUGCAACGAAUAUUUUCAAUCAAAACAAGCGUUGAAAGAACAUUGCGAAAAAGAUUCUUCAUGCUUUAUGGAACAUUAUUACUAA